AGUUAACAUAGCUUCCUGCGUCGCUCUAUUCUAUGCUAGGCGGGGGUGGUUGAGAAACGCUGCACCAUGCCACUCCGCCUGGAGAUCAAGAAGAAAUUAUCAGCGAGGUCAGAUCGGGUCAAAUGCGUGGAUUUGCAUCCGCAUGAACCAUGGGUGCUCUCAGCCUUGUACUCGGGGAACAUUUUCCUCUGGGAAAUAGAGACCAGCUCCCUCAUAAAGUCAUGGGAGGUCUGCGAGUUGCCCGUUCGCUCCUGCAAGUUUAUUGCGCGUCGGUCACAAUUUAUCUGUGCAUCCGAUGAUAUGCGGCUGCGUGUCUACAAUUACAACACAAUGGAAAAGAUCAAGGACUUGGAGGCACAUGCAGACUAUAUUCGUUUUGUAGAAAUUCAUCCUAUCAUGCCGUACAUAUUGUCAUCAUCGGAUGACAUGUCAAUGAAGCUUUGGAAUUGGGAGCAAAAUUGGGAGUGUGCUUCGACAUUUGAAGGCCAUGCACACUACGUGAUGAUGUGUAAAUUCAACCCAAAGGACACCAACACGUUCGCUUCUGCAUCCCUGGACAGGACUAUUAAGGCAAGUUAUGCCAAUGUUUGGGGCCUGGGAGCACAACAGCCACAUUUCUCCCUGGAAGGGCAUGAUCGAGGUGUGAAUUGCCUCGAUUAUUACCCAGGAGGUGACAAACCGUAUUUGCUUACGGGGGCGGAUGACAAGACCAUAAAGAUCUGGGAUUACCAGACGAAGGCCUGUAUCCAGACACUUGAAGGGCAUUCAAACAAUGUAUGUUCGGUCUUAUUUCACCCUCGCCUUCCGGUGCUAGUCUCAGCAUCAGAGGAUGGGACCGUUCGUAUUUGGCAUGCCACGACAUACCGUGCAGAAACAACAUUAAAUUAUGGGCUAGAACGCGCAUGGUCAAUAGCUGCUGCGAAAGAAUCAAAUGGCCUAGCUAUUGGCUAUGACGAAGGCACGAUACUUAUAAAGCUUGGUCAUGACGCUCCGGUAGCUUCACUGGACACGCACACUGGAAAAUUAGUAUGGGCGAACAAUAACGACAUUCAGUCGGCUUCCCUGAAGGGUCUGACUGCUGACUUUUUGGAUGGCGAAAAGCUAAGUUUGGCCGUGAAAGAUAUGGGAUCGUGCGAAAUAUUCCCGCAAGUUGUUCAGCACAACUGCAACGGACGCUUUCUUGUUGUCUGCGGCGACGGCGAAUACAUCAUAUACACAUCCCAGGCCCUACGGAACAAGGCAUUUGGUCAGGCUCUUGAUUUUGCGUGGUCUGCCGUUGGAACGGGUGACUUUGCCAUUCGCGAAUCGUUGUCGCGUGUAAAGAUCUUCAAGAACUUUAAAGAGCAUAGAAUCAUCAAAGCCCCUAUGUCAUCAUCAGAAGGCUUAUUCGGGGGUGCCUGCCUUGCGGUUAGGGGUCCAGAUUGUAUUUGCUUCUUUGACUGGGAUGAAGGUGCUUUCCUAUGCAAGAUCGACGUGCUUCCAUCUGCAGUCUAUUGGAACGAUACCAAAGAGCUUGUACUCCUUGUUUGCGAAGACCUCGCUUUUGUGCUCAAGUAUGAAAAAGAUGCCGUGGACAACGCUAUUUCUGAAGGCGCUGUCUCUCCAGAAGUUGGCGUUCCUGGCGCGUUCGAACCAGAACACGAAAUAUCCGGCAAGGUUGAAAAGGGACAAUGGGUGGGAGAUUGUUUUGUUUUUUCAAAUGGUGCUGGGCGACUUAACUACUUUGUGGGGGGGAAUACUAUGACUCUAGCACACCUCGACCAGCAGAGCACGGGGCCUCUUUUCAUGUUAGGUUACUUGCCAAAGGAAGAUAAAGUUUAUUUCAUGGACCGUUCUCGAAAUGUCGUUUCCUACCGGGCACUUUUAGCUGUACUUCAGUAUCAGACUGCAGUUGUCCGUCGCGAUUUCGACUCUGCAAACACCCUCUUACCCGCAAUCCCCGAAUCAGAACAUUCAUCAGUCGCGAGAUUUCUUGAAGCGCAGGGCUACAAAGAUGUCGCGCUUCAAGUCUCAAAGGAUAUUGAUCACCAAUUUGAUCUUGCGUUAGAGUUGGGAAGGCUAGAUAUAGCAACUUCACUCCUUGAUGAUGCUCCAGCAAAUUCUAAGGACACAACAGAAUCAACAACGAGGUGGAAGCGCCUAGGCGAUCUUGCCUUGGCUAGUUGUGAUAUGGCACUUGCAGAACGUUGUGCUACGAAUUCUAAGGAUCUUGCGGGUCUACUCAUGUUGUACACCGCGACUGGUGACCGUUUUGGUGUGUUGAAAUUGGCAGAGGAUGCGGUGGCUCAAGGCAAGUUAAAUAUAGCAUUUGUUUCGUUUUUUAUUCUUGGGGAGGUCGAAAAGUGCUUUGAGCUGUUAAUAGACACCGAUAGAAUCCCCGAAGCUACACUGUUGGCUCGAACGUACCUUCCGUCGCAUAUUUCUCGCUCGGUGUCGCUAUGGCGUGAGGAUCUCAAGCAAGUGUCAGAGCGUGCAGCUGCCGCCCUUGCUGAUCCUGCAGAAUACCCUAACUUAUUUCCCGACAUUGAUUGGGCGCUCAAAGUAGAAGAUGUGUUCAAACAGAAUCGAAGCAAGGUGGUGCCCGCUUCUGAGUAUCCUACUGCGAAAGAAGAUCUCGACCUUGAUCUCAUUGCUCUUGUUAAAGAACAACACAACACUAGCUCCAAACCGCAUUUGGAACCGGUAGGGCACGAUAUGCCGGAAGCACCUUCCGCUGAAGUCUUGGUUGAUCGUAGCCAGCUAAAUCAGAUCCCGUCAGCUCAGGCUGGAGACAAAAUAGUAGUAUCGCAUGUAACAGAAUCCAGGCCUGUCGACGGUGUAAACAGCGGACCAGAGUUUAGCAUGACCGAUGAAGCCGAUGCAAUCCUAAAUGAUGAUUUUGGUGAUGAUGAUGACUGGUGAAAACUAAAUUAAAGGAAAUCGCACCAGUUGUGGAGGAGUAAUUGCGACCAUUUCCGUGACUAGACCAAGCUUUAACCUCGCAGACGCGGCUAAAUCAAGGGCGUAGGCCCAAUUGAAGGCAGCACCUGGCGCUGCCGAGCUAAGCGAUACCAAUGACAGCGACGCUAUAACACGACUCGAGAAUAAAUAGGUGGCUUGGGAGUGGAGUUUGCACCGUGUGCCUUGAAUGUAGAGUCAGAGUAGAAUUCGGAAAGUGGGAAAUUCGACGCGGAGAUUUGAGGGUCCGGCCGUUGGCCAUGCGCCUACGCAUGGCGGAGAUUAUUGCCAAGUCUGAAUAAAGACUGAAUCGGACGCGGGGGUGCUGGAGCGGGAUGUUCACGUUGGCGAUUUGAAUGCGGCUGGAAAUGGACAUGAGAAACGCAGCGGGACUAGCGGAAGUUAGCUCGCGCUCCCCCUGCGCCCC